AUGGAUCCAAGCAGCCUUUCUGGAGUAUACCGUAUCACACCUGUACCAGGGGACAGCUUCGACGUGUACUGUCACAUGGAGAGCAAAGGAGGUCCUUGGACUGUCAUUCAAAACCGAGAAAGCAAUGAGGUUGAUUUCUUCAGAAACUGGGAUCAGUACAAAAAUGGAUUUGGCAAUCUUCUCGGUAACUUCUGGUUGGGAAACGAACACAUAUUUUCCCUCACACGGACCCCGUGUUUGCUCCGUAUACAGCUGGAAUCCUUGAAUGGCACAUUUGGUUACGCUGAUUACUCGAAGUUCCAGAUUUCCGAUGAGGGCGGUAACUACAAAUUGUCUGUGACUGGUUUUAGUGGAAAUAUCAGUGAUUCCUUUAAAAAGAGUGACGGUCAAUUGUUCUCAACACUAGACAGAAACAAUGAUAUUUUCGUUUCCUAUCAUUGUGCUGAAAAACGACACGGAGCUUGGUGGUACAAAAAAUGUACACACUCUAACCUGAAUGGUAUGUACGAACAUUACCCCACAGAACUCUUUUCGAUGUAUUGGAAGGAUUUCUUUGGAGACGAUUUUCAUGAUCCAAUGAAAACUUCAAAAAUGAUGUUGAAAAAGCCUUGA